UACGUAUUCCAGCAUCUACUUUGCUUACGAGUAUUUUCGGGUUUCCAAAUCCGCAAAAUCGGACGCUCAUCAUCCAAACCGAUCAAAACUCUCUCCCCUUCGUUCUUCCUCCCAUCGUCGAUCGUUUCAUCGGCGACUCAUCGCUCCCUUCUGUUCUUCACCACUCGAUUUGGAGCCUUUAGGAGGUUGAUUAACCGUCGAGGCACUCUAUACAGGCUGUACAAAAUGUAUUUUGAUGGGUAUGGAUAUCGUGGAACAUCAUUUGAGCAAAGUUAUCAAUGUUUCUCUACAUCAUUUAUUGAUAAGCCACACCUUGAAACUGGAGAUAGAAUUAUAAUGCCUCCAUCAGCCCUUGAUCGCCUUGCUUCAUUACAAAUUGAUUAUCCAAUGUUAUUUGAGCUACGAAAUGAUGCUGUUGAGCGAGUAUCUCAUUGUGGGGUUUUGGAGUUUGUUGCAGAAGAAGGCAUGAUUUACAUGCCUUAUUGGAUGAUGGAGAACAUGGUUUUACAAGAAGGAGACCUAGUGCGAGUGAAGAAUGUCACCCUUCCAAAGGGAACCUAUGUUAAAUUACAACCUCACACAAAGGACUUUUUGGAUAUCUCAAAUCCCAAAGCAAUCUUAGAGACAACACUUAGGAAUUUCUCCUGCCUCACCACUGGAGACAGUAUUAUGGUGGCAUAUAACAACAAGAAAUAUUACAUUGACAUAGUCGAAACGAAGCCAUCCAAUGCAAUAAGUAUCAUUGAGACAGAUUGUGAGGUGGAUUUUGCACCCCCCCUGGAUUACAAAGAACCGGAGAAGCUUGUUGCACCAACAAAAGGGAAGGAACAAGUUGCAGAAGCUCCAGAUUCCGAAGCUGAACCCAAAUUUAGUGCUUUCACAGGAACAGGAAGACGUUUGGAUGGUAAAUCUUCAAAUCACCAGCCUCAGCCAAUUUCAUCUUCUAGGUCAGCUGAUGCGAAGCAAUCGGGUGGUAGUAGUAGAUAUGGCCAUGCACAACAGUCUGCUGGAUCUUCUAGCUCAGUGAAUGGAAUUCGUCAGUCUCAGGGAAAGUUAGUAUUUGGACAAAAUGCUAAUCGGAAUCCUAAAGAGACUCCAAAGGAGGCUUCAAAAGAGAGUAAAAAAGAUGAGGCUGAAAAGGAUAACCCAAAAUUUCAACCAUUUGCUGGGAAAAGGUACUCAUUGAGAGGUUGAUUGAUUAUCUAACAUUUAUUUACUUCAGUAGAUAUAUAUAGGAACCGUUCAUUGUCUACAAUAUCUCAUAGAACGAACUCACAAUGUAGUUGAAAUUAUGCCAUGCCAUGCUAUACCCCACUUUGUGUCUAUAAAUUUAUAAUUCAUGACCAAAUAUUCAAUCUCCUUCUCCA